CUGGGCAGGUCCUCACCCAGGGCCAGGCUCCCUUUGAGCUUCCUAGUCUUUGCCCCUGUCCUUAACCCUAGAGAACAGAGCACAGGCAUGUCCCAGCGGCUCCUCCUGUCACUCACCCUCUGGGCAAGCUGCUCCCCGAGCAAUGCAGGGACAGCUGCUCUGAGCCAGCCCAGGGUCCGAUGCCGUGCCUCUCGGUACCCCGUGGCUGUGGACUGCUCCUGGACGCCGCUAGGGGCUCCCAACUCCACGAUGGCCACGUCCUUCGUCGCCACUUACAGGCUAGGCGUGGCCGCCCAGCAGCAGAGCCAGUCCUGCCUACAGCCGAACCCCCAGGCCACUCGGUGCACCAUCCCCCACGUGCACCUGUUCUCCAUGGUGCCCUACGUGUUAAAUGUCACGGCGGUGCACCCCAGCGGCGCCAGCAGCAGCCUCCUGGCCUUUGUGGCUGAGCAGAUCAUCAAGCCUGAUCCCCCGGAAGGCGUGCGCCUGCGUACAGCGGGGCAGCGGCUGCAGAUGCUCUGGCAUCCCCCUGCCUCCUGGCCUUUCCCGGACAUCUUCUCUCUCAAGUACCGCAUCCGCUACCGGCGCCACGGAGCCUCUCACUUCCGCCAGGUGGGACCCAUUGAAGCCACGACCUUCACCCUGAGGGCUGCGCAGCCCCGUGCCAAGUACUUUGUCCAGGUGUCAGCCCAGGACCUCAUGGACUAUGGGAAACCAAGUGACUGGAGCCUCCCAGGGCAAGCGGAGAGGACUCCCCUUAAUCCCUGAAGAGGGACUGCAUCCUUGAUAGCAGACCCUGAUGUCGUCUACUUCAAAGUGACUGGGUUUGGCUGGCCUGGGUUCGAGUCCUGACUGCGCGUGCUGGGAUGGUUGGCAGCAUUGAACAACUGACUUGACCUCUCUGGACCUCAAUUUCCAAACCUGUGGGGAUGGUAUUUUUCCUUCUAUAAGUGCUGGACUUUAUGAAAUGCAAAUGUGAUCUGA